AUGCCUCGCAGCACCAUGCCAGUGUUUUCGUCCAUUGAGUUAGCUGCUACAGUGAAAUCCCAAUCGAAUAAAGAAAACACCAAACCAACACAGGAGCCAGCGCAACAAACGUUGGUUAAAGAAAACGUUCAAAAGAAUAAUGGAAAGUUCGUGGCAACCUAUACUAGGACACGCCCAGAAAGAAAAAAAGAAAACAAUAAAAUCGACAAUAACAAGGAACGAGUUGAUGUUUCACCACAGUCUAGAACUACCGACGAUACAAUCACAGAUAGUAAUGUGUCGAAAGGGAGUCCGUACCGGUGGCAUGCACCUGCACGAAAAUACGAAACUACGCGUCAAAAUCCACCGGUGAAACCAAAGGCAGUGACUAUAAACUCAGACUCUGCGUCCUCACGGACAACCGGAAGUAGUAACAAGCCACCAGUGUUUAAACUUAAAUUACAUAAAAAACCAAUGUAUUCUAGAGACAAAAAGGCAAAGGAAAAGGAAGUAGUUAUAACACCUAGAACCCAUAAAUCAUCACAAGACUCUUCGAGGCCAAAAUCGUAUCAUUUAGAGAGAGAUAAAUCUAUUUAUAGAACUAAUACUUAUCUAUGGGAGGAAGAAAAGGCUGAACUAACAUAUCAGCCCUCGACAAAUACACAGACUGAUGUAAUGAUGGCUUAUACUGGUGAACCAAACACAAGAGAGGCAUUGAAAAGUGCUAGUGGUAAAAAAAGGCCGAAGGAAUUCAAAAAAGCAUUUACAGUGUUCGCUACGAGGUCAAAACAGCCGCCAUGGCAUGAAAAUGAAUACGUUCUCAACAGGCGGGAGGCGCAAAUCUAUCAAGGUAUUAAACAGGUAUACGAUAAACCUACUGCGAAGAAAGCAAGACAACGAGAAUUUAUGAAGAAACUGGAACAGUUCCAAGUCGAAAUGGCCAAACAUCAGAUGAAUGAGUUACAACAAAAGGAAACAAAAAAAUAUAUGGACAAGAUGAGACAAGCGAAUCAACUGAAGGAGUUGCGACAACGAUUCGAAGACGAGGCUUGGCAUCGUUUCCAUACACAAUAUGUUACGUCACGAGUCCUUGAGCACGAAAAAAUGAAUAGAUUCCAGUAUGGUCUUCCAGAAGAACCUGACGGUGAACCAGAAUAUGCAGUGAAACUCAAGCGGAAGAAAAAGAACCCAAAGGUUAUCAUCGACGGGAAACAAUUAAGCAAAAUAAAUAAAAAGAGAUUUUCAGACAUGUUUGAUGUUAAUACUGGACCACAGUGGAGCACAAACAGCAAAGAUCCCAGGAUGGAGGGGAUCGACACAGUCGUUUUAGAUGUUAAAGAUGAUGAAGGGGGCGUGAUAAUCGCGCCAAAAGAAGAAGGAAACAUAAAAGAGAAGAAAAAGUUCGUAAAGGACGUGAUACAGGAGGCACAGAAGGAGUUAAAGAUAGUGCAUGGCAAUGGUAACAAUACAGGGCUGACCCCAAGGAGCCCUGUUGUAGAAGAUGCUCCAACUGUAAAAACAGACCAAAGACAAAAAACUCCGGACUUUUACGCAGAAGAAAGUGAAAGCGAUGAUGAUGACGACAUGUCAGAUAUAUUUGAGAGAGCGAGGAAGAAAUAUAACUUGGAAGUGGACGAGGAAGCUGAUUCCGUUAGUCGUGCGCGGUGA